CACCAUGAUGUACACGACGGAUCAGCAAAGGUGAGUGUGAAACGUUCUUCAUUAUUAUCUCGAAAAUUCUUAAAGCUAUUGAAUUAAGCACAAAUCUUCUUUUAAAAUAUAAAUUUUAGACACAUCAACACUUGAAAAAAACGUUUAUCGGCUGUAGAAUAGUCCAAAGGUCGAGAGACUAGAGAGUUCUCUACUUUAUUUCCUUUUCAUUUGGGCCAGCUAAGUGUUAUCUCCCAAUGAACUACUACUCAUUUGAACAUUUCCAAACAUGGCGUGACAUGGCUGUCAAACGUCGGGCAUGCGCAAGGCAAUCAAUUUGGCCUGCCGCACGCCAAUUUCCCGCGCAAAAUUUCUAAUGAAACAGUAAUACACAACACUUGUCACGCAAAAUGAGCCGAGAAAAUAAAACGUCCAAAGAAGGAAACAAAGGUAGAGAAAACGAGAGCUCAAGGUUCUUUAGAACGUAAAGCCUAAUAAAUUACGUGUAUCCUGCUGAUUCAUUAUUUUGUUUUGAGCUUUACGGAAAACAUUACACGGUUCUAAACCACUGUAACUAAAUGGCUUGUGUUUUUUUUUAUGGCUCUUGUAAGAGAACUUGUUUCUUACAGUCCGAAACACGCCGCCCAUAAUUAGCCACAUUAGCACUCGCACAUGCGCAGACGUUCGACCACAGGGAUUUCUUCACACUUUGUUAUGCUUUGUAAUCAACUACUCACAACACAGCUAAUGGCGCAUGCUAAAGAGUUGCAGUGAUGUAACGACCGUCUAAGCUGCACAGGUUAACAAACAGCGCGCGCUGUGAGUCCCUCCUUAGCUAAGAGCGUUUUAUUCUUCAUUCCCGAACAGUAACUAAAUGCACACUUGACUCAAACGAGACAGAUGAAAUAAGUCUUCAGUCAUCUGUCGAAUUCAGUGUCCACUGUUGUGUGAUGGGAUAUAGAUAUCCCUAUUAUUGUCUAUAUAAAUAUUUUUAAUCAUUGCCUUGUACAAGAGGGUGCAUACUUUAUCCAGUAAUGUUUUCAAAUUUCAACUUAUUUAUAUGUUUGUGACGUCAUAUUUGUGAUCCAUAGAGAUAUAUUUCGGAAAAAUAUCAGAUGGAUUCGCUAAAUAUAGGAUUAUUGAUAAUGGUUAUAAUGAACGUUUUAGGAAAGCAUUGAGGAAAUCACUAAGCCGAUGAACGACGAGUGGAACCGCCUUAGUUCCCAAAUGUAUUCUCUAAACGAUCAAGGUCCUAUCACGGGUCACUACCUGAAAAUUGAAGGAAAAUCUGUUGUUGCAUAUGCCAAAGAUACAGAUCGAAAAAGUAAGUAGAUAUUCAAGUUUUGGAACAUGUUCACAGCUUUAUUGUUAAAAAGAUCGAGUUAAACGGCCAAGAAACAAAAGUUCAAUGUUAAUCAAAUACAGUAGUCUUCGGAUAGGAGGCAAAUCCAACCAUGGCCGUUACUAAAAAUAACAUAGAAGGCGCUGAUUUUGUAAAAGUGCGAGUGAUGUCAUGAAGUACUUUCGACUAGUCUUGCUUAAAAAACGAGAAAAGAAAAUAGAAUAAAAUAAAACGAAGCAAAUCCAAAUCGAUCAUUUUCUGCCUUACCAUUGAUAUCAAUUUGUAUUAUUUUUGACAGCUCACCUAAUGGUCCAUACUAUUCUGGAAAUGACCGGUAAAAAAUUCGACCAAAUUGUUAUUUUGGAGAGUAGCAGUGGUGGAACCGUAGUGGCCGUAAACAAAACAGAUGACACCGUCUUUGUAAAGGUAUCACCGCCCACGGGGAUGGAACGUUAAGGGGGGGGGGGGGGGGGGGGGGGGGGGAAAAUUUAAGUUAUUUACUAAAGAAAACAAGUCAAAAUAUGGAUUAAGAAAAACAACAAAAACCAAACACAAGAAAAGAUUUCAAUCAAGUUGCACAAAGAAAAAAACCAUCCAAACAAACAAAAAAAACCGAAAACAUCCAUGAAUCUCUUGGAGCCCUCAUUGCCCCAUCCUUCCCCCCCUUCCAUACCUCCCUCCUUCCCCCCCUCCCCUCCCAAUCACUUUUCUGAUAGUCCAUCCUCUGGUGAGAAUUGUGCGAGGUCCAUGAAUAUCCAAGCACCAAAUAAGCUUGGUUUAAAACCUUUAAUUCCUUUUCAUAGCUAUCGAAAUGAUUUUUUUUCCCCUCAGUUUUGGAAACAUUUGGAAAUGGCAGGAGAUAACGCUGAUACAUAACCGGCCUAAAUUCAUUUACGGAUGCUAGAAAUUACUAACUGAAUACAAUGCGUGAAGUUGAAUGCUUCCUAGAGAUUUUCUAGCAAUAAUACAACCCUAUCUGGUUUAAGAAUUAAUCCAGUGUUUUUUCUCCAAUAGACUCUGUCGACACCUUUGCGCAGUCUGACCACCUUGGAUAAAGUGAAACGUCUUUACCCUGAAAUUCUGUUAAAAAAAGUACCCAGAGAAGUUGGGAGUUACUACUUUUAUUUUGAGUCAUACCUUAGUGGUAAGAGGCGGGUUUUGGGAUUUGAUGAAAAUGGUCUUGCAAUGAACACCGGCCAGGUGACGCCUGAUUCUUUGGAAAGUCUUAUCGCUUCUCCAUAA